AUGGACUCCAAAGUCGGCUGUCAGGUCAACAUGUCAUCAGAACCCAUAACCCUCAGGUUUAUACCCAGAGUGCCUAAGGACAGGAAGGAAAUGAUCCUCAUCUCUGUCAUCCUGGUGCUUCUGGCCACUAUCAUUAUUGGAGCAAUUCUCAUUGGAGUUUACAUGACGCAGCAACACACCGAAAAGAUAAUUAAAACCAUUAGUAGUACAGGAGAUGGCGAAGUGGUUGAGCAAACUGUGAUGGUGAACAACCAGGAAAGUGUUGCUGCUUUUCAUAUCCAGAGCAAUACGACUUCAGCAACUGUUGUCUACGACUAUAAACACCGACUGAUCGGCUUCCGAAUUCAGGACAGAAAACAAUGCUCAGUGGUGGCAAUGGAUUCAGUUGAUGUGCCCAGCCUACAUGAAAUCACCCAAGGAAUAGAGCACGUUGAUGAACAAGGCUCAGGAGAUGGCCACGUGUCCUACAGCUUCAAGCAAGGAGAACUGGCAGAUCGCACAAUUCUAGGAACCACAGUGAAUAUUCUCUGCAGUGAUGUCCCUGUGUACUGGGCUGAGAACAACCACAAAGCACAAAGAAGUGGAUUGCUGUGUGGAGGGCUUCUGAUUCUUAAUCUCUGCUUAAUACUGUUACUGUGACAAAGUGCUAGUCUGA